GCGGCCUUCGUCCAGGCGGAUGCCGACGCGUACGUGCUCUGCCCGCAGACUGAGGCGGCGAGGAUGGCCGUCGCCGCAGGCGUGGCGGUGUGGCACUACGAGUUCUCCCACUUCAUGCCGUCGCCGACCGCGCCGGGCGGCGGCUGUGACAACGGCGUCGAGCUCGACGUUGUCGAGGCUGGCGCGUCGGCGACGUGGGCCACGCACGGCGCCGAGGUGCGGUACGUCUUCGGGUCGGAGCAGAACCACGACACCCUGUCUGGUCGCCCGCGCAUCGCCGACUGCCCCUUCUCGCCGGCCGAGAGGAGGCUCUCCGACGAGAUCGGAGCCUACUGGGCGGGCUUGGCGAGGGAGGGCGACCCCAACAGCGGAGGGGGCGCCGGCGGAGGCCGCGCCUGGUGGCCGGCGUACGGUGCUGGGGCGAACUGGACGUCGCUCGUGCUGGGUGUGGGCGGCG